ACAGAUCAAUAAUGGUCCAACACAGCUUCCUACAGCUCGGUGGAAGAGGUUGGAUAGAGAGCGAGGGUGAAAGGGGUAGUGGUGAGAAACCCCUCUAACAAGAGGAAGCCAGUGAAGACACAGUAUUUCAUAAGGAAACAGUCAAGAUCCAAUGUCCGUGAAAGGUGCUUCAAUUGCACGGUACAAAUAUGAAAGAUAUCCACUCCCAGAUUGUAAUGCGCGGAUUUUUACGUGGUAUAUUGUACUGUGCUCUGUGGUAUGGUAGUAUACUAGCAGGCUUUUUAAUUAUCGCCUGCCCGCUCUUUCCACUGGUACUCCUCAGUCCACCGAAAUUUCGAAAAUGUGGAGACCUUCUAUUCUCAUACUGGGAACUUUAUCCUGCCGCUCUGUUGAGGAUGUUCGGUGUAAAGAUUUAUGUUUCUGGCGAUCAUAUAUCUCCUCACGAAUCAGCCGUGCUCGUGAUGAAUCACAGAACGAGGGUGGAUUGGAACUUCCUAUGGGCGGCGAUGUAUCAAGCGUGCUUGCCCAACGUUGGGAGUCAUAAGUUGAAAUUUAUUUUAAAGGAUCCUAUACGGCACAUUCCUGGCCCAGGAUGGAUAAUGCAAGUAAAUGGUUUCCUUUAUAUAACGCGACGCUGGGAAGAGGAUCGGGGCAGAUUGUCGCGUACGCUCGAUUACCUGAUUGCGUUAAAUAGCCGCACGCAAUUGCUGAUAUUCCCCGAAGGCACCGAUCUGACGGAGAGCAGCAGGGAGAAGUCUGAUAAGUACGCCUUGCAGAAUAAUUUGCCGCGCUACAGCUACACCCUUCACCCGAAAACGACCGGUUUCGCUUACCUGGUACAGCAUCUCCAGCGCGGAAAUUUCCUCGAUGCCGUGUAUGAUAUGACGAUAGCGUAUCCGGAUUACAUACCGCAGUCCGAGGUUGAUCUGAUCAGGGGUAAGUUUCCGAGGGAGGUGCACUUCCACAUAAGACGGAUAUCGUCCGCGGAUAUACCGGCGCACGACAAUUCGUCCUUGAGGAGGUGGCUGGAGGACAGGUGGUUCGACAAAGAGGCGAUAUUGCGAGGAUUUUACGAGCAGAAGGCAUUUCCCACUCAGAUCUGGCCGAUGGCGAAAACGUUGCCGUUGCGAGCCGCUUUCGCGUUCUGGAGCAUAUUAACAGAUCAAUUUUAUUUUUAAGGAAUAAUGGUACUUCUACUCUUCUACUCAUCGUUUCUCCGUCCUUCCAACUGUGGACUCUGAUUAACGUGUUGUUCUUUAUCGCACUGUCGCUUUUCAAUUCAUGCUUCAGUGAGAUCGAGAUCGAAUGGUAUUGGCGCUGGAAAAACUAUUUCUCUUAAGCUAUAAAUGUAUAAUAGUUAAUUGAGAAUAUAUUUUUUUGUUUUGAACGUCACUAGGGAAUCGCGUAGCUCUUUGUCUCUGUGAUAAUAUUGAUAUUGAUAAUAUAUAAGAUCGUAAAACGAUGUAAUCUCAAGAAUCUUGUGCAAUAUUGCAAUUUAAUGUAAACGUACCUAGUGAUGGAUAUUCCUCUUUUGAAAGUUCAAACUGUUUGAUUAUGUAAAGAGAUCUAAAUUGUUUCUAUAUUUUUCAAUUACAUGCUAUUUGAAAUCGAAGAAAUUCGGAAAAAUCUUAAAAAA